CUUCACUCUGCCCUGUUUUUUAGAAGCUCACACCAAGCCUAAUGGCGACGAUGAUGACUUUCGCCCCCUGGAAGCUCAGUUCUUUACGCAUUUUGCCACCCUUACCCUCAACGACACGUCGUUUGGUCAAGCCUGCACACUGCGUACCCAUCCAACAACAACGACAAGAACCAGAGGGUGAUGUAGCAGUUCUGUGCGAGGCCUGCAAUGGCAGAGGGUGGUUGCUCUGUGAUUUUUGCAAAGGCCAGAAAACCAAUGUGAAAUCUGAGACCAAUCGAAUCUACCGUCGAUGCCCAGCUUGCAGAGCUAUUGGUCAGGUUUUAUGUUCAAAGUGCAAAGUUUUCAAAUGUGUCACAUUCCCAAAUUACGAUGAUGGUGAACAGAUGUCUUUUUGAGCCUUUAAUUUCAUCUGGGUUGCUUCCUUAUUGAUACAUAUGAAUAUGAUAUGAGUUAGGAGGGAUUGGUUGAUUCCUCCACAACUACUUUGAUUUUUUGGAGAUGAUUUUCAUUGUUUUGAACAGCUUAUGUUCACUGUCAAGGUUCUUUUUUUCUUUUUUUUUGCUCAUGUGUAAUUUGUUUGAGAGGAAGCAAUAUUACAAGUGAAAAUGGCAAAGACCAUUUUUAUAAAUUUUCUAAUCCAUGUAAUUGAAGUAAAUUGCAAUUAACCACUGAAAAGUUAAAUACUUGAAUGCCUAUCUUUCUUGAUUGCAGAAUGUUGAGAAUUAGAAAUGUAGCCCUGAGUCCACAAUAGCCCAAUUGAGGCUCACUACAAGGAGCUUCUAUAACGAGGGCCAUGUCCAAUAAUAACUCUGUACUGAAUCGAACGGCUAUUAAACACUCCCUCAAUAUAACCCCUCAAUAUAACCCCUCAACCUAGCCUCCCAGCACUACCCAGUGCCUUUUAUAUAAAAGGGCCAAGAUUUCAUCUUCAAUGUGUGCCAAAAUUCAUGAAUAUAAAAAGAAUUUAACCCAUAAUGUACAUAUUAAGAGGACUGAACAAUAUAUUUAAGAGGACAACUUUUUGUUUGUUUUAAAGUUAAACUUUUGGCUUGUUUUAAACAAAUUGCUUGAGUUUUAGUUUGCGCUGUCACAAAGAACACCAAACUGACUGAAAACAGUUGAAAGUGCUUCUUUUGGUUAUUACAUUCAUAGAAUUAAGUGCUUAUUAGCAUAUAAAUUUUCUCUACAACUUCUGGAGUUUGAGAAGCCUCUCUGACUGAGAGGCCUGAUAUUAAAAUGACAAUCAACUUGGUGCAUUUGGUAUUGAUGAGCUUGAUCCAAAGUACCAUUUGCUGGCUAUUUUCUUUUUUCAAGUUGCAACCAGGACUUUAAUCUUUGAGGAACAUAACUACUGGUGCUGCACAAAACUGACAAUUUGUGUUAGCCACUGGUUGAUUAAUAUAUGCUCCCAUAUACAGAUGUCAAAUUGGUGUUUGUUGUAUUUCAUAAGGUUGCUCUUCGACGUUUCUAUAUACCUCCAUGCUGGUUUGGAACUUUGUAAGGAAUCCUCACAUUUAGAUUUAUUAUCGUUUUGUAAGAGAUUGAUUAAGAGUUACAACUCUAGCACCAGGUUUUCAGGAAAGUAGACCUAUUGCCAAGAUUGAUUAAUAGUUACAACUCUAGCACCAGGUUUUCAUGAAACUAGACCUCUAUUGCCAAGAAUUAUGAAACUGAAGCCGUAUUUCACGUGAAUAUUUUAGGCUUUUGCUACUUGCAAAUUGGACCAAAGGGUUAUACUCAUUACAGACAUCAUGUGAUGAUCUGCCUUUUUUACUGGAUCUUACUGUGAAUUUUUAAAACUUCAAAUUGCAUUAUUUUUUUACAAUUCAUAUGGUUGAUUAGUCACUCAAGAUUGACACAUGGUUUUGCUUCCUGAAGUUUGAAACAAGAAAGUUGCAUGUGAAUGAACAAAGAGAAACUGUGAAAAUCUGCCAAUGUCAUUUUCGGUGUUUACUUGAUGUAAGUGCUAAUGGCUGCAAUAUUAUAUUGUUUUCUGCAUCAUAAAGUCUUUAAACUAGACAUUUGUCUCUGACUUUCUGCAUCAAAGACAUAGGAUACCGAUAUUUGCAGAUUGCAUAUACAAUAUGCUUUAGUUUAUGAGGUGGCGGACUCAGACGAGUGGUUUGCUGACAACAAAGUUUCAUGGAAUGAAAGUUUUGAAAAUCUGUAGGCUCUCAGAAUAGGACAACAUUAGAGGUGUUAAUGGUACUCACUUGUACUGAUUACAACAGCUAGCUGUCUUUUGUUCAAAGCUCUCAUGAACCUGUCCUGUCAGAUAUGGUUAAACAUUUUUAUUGGGGGUGCCAUCAGGAGAAAUGUUGACCAAGGCUACUUUUUUUCUUUUGAAUGAAGUAAUCUCAUAUUUUUAAAUUAUUGGUUUUCCAUUGGUUACCUUUUCAGGUCCAAUGGAUGAAUUAUGUCUUGCAAACGUUGGACAGCUUUUGAAUUAUUAUUACAUAUGGUUUAGUUGAGAACUUCUGGAAUAUGGUUUGUGGUUUGGAGUUUUGCAAAUGUUGAUUGGUGCAAUGUUAUGAAGUCUUUAUUAUUUGGUUGCAACUGGCUUUACGGACAUGUGAAGACUUUAUGUGCAAGAUGAGUAAUGAGCCAUCAUCACUUGACUCACUAAUGAAACUGGUUUAGUUGUUUACUGCAUUAUCAAUAUAUGCAAUUCUGAUAUCAAAAUCCUUGAUGAUUGACUAUGAACCCUUGGAUUGGAUGCCUGAAAAAACUCAUUUUGCUUUGAUCCUACAAAAUCAGCAUUUGCCUCAUGAAUGAGAUUGUUGGUUUGCAUAUAUGCAGUUCUGUUAUAAAAAUGUUGGAUUUAGAUGCCUCGGAAAA